AUUAAAUAAAAAUUAUGAAUAACUCAAGAUCAACUGCUAGAAAGGGCACCAACAAUCUUCCAGUCUAAACAGGAGACAUUGAAGAAUAUAUGUAGCAUUCUUAAUUCACCAUAGUCAAAUCUUGUAUGACCAUCAGAAGAGCUGUGAGAAGGCUGGGAAAUAUUUGGAGGCUGAUCAAGCAAAAAAGAGACUUGCUGAGUUGAAAAAAGAAUUGGAUCAGAAGAAUAAAUAUGAAGUCAAGGACAGACAUACCAAUGAAAAAUAGGAGAUCGAAAAGGCCCAUCUAGAUGAGUUUAAUCAAUUUAACGAAUUCUGGGAUUAAAAAAUGGCUGAAUUUGAUUAAGAAGCUCAAAGAGUUAAAGAACAAGUCUUAUAAAGACACGACGAAGAAUUAAAACAAUUUACAGAUGAACUAGAGAACUCUAUUCCAGUCAAACCCAAAGACUCUGCCGAAUUACUCAGUUUGAGGAAGACUGAAGAGUCAUUAGCCAGACAAGAGAAGUAUCAAAUUCAAUCCUACCAAUAGUUAUUAAGAGGCUCAUCUCACCCAAUAAAGGAUACUUGCUAUGGAGAGAGAUGAAUAUGAAAAAUGGAAUGCGUCAAGAACCAGCAAAAUCAGAAAUCUAAUCUCUUAACUUAAGUUAAAACAAACCAAUGAAUUAGGUGCUUUGUAACAAAGAAUCUUAUCUGGAUAGGAAGAAUAAAGGAAAAUUAGAUCAUAAGAAUUAGAGAAGUAUAUUAUACAUAUACAUUAAUAGAUUGCUUUAAAAAUAUUAGAAUGUCAGAAAGGAAUUGACUAGUUAAUAAAACUAGGAAAUUACAAGACUUGAUAAAACUAUGAAGAACUAAUCAAUUAUGUAAUAGUCUAGAAUGAAUUCUUCCAAAAUGAUGAACUCCUAAAUGAAGAAAGGAGAUGAAGAAAACUUCUAUAUAAAAUGAUGAUUCAUAUAUA